AAGUCGCCGGGGAAGCUGCGCAGGCGGCGGCCGCGGGGCCUGGGGCGGCGGGGAGCGGAGCGGGGCUACGGGGAGCUGUGCUGGUGCGAGGUAGAGAAAGUCAUGGACGGAAGAACAUCAUCUUCAAGUCAUGUCAGUUUUCGAUUGGCAAAGAAGAAAACAAACACCAAGACAGAGGAUGUCCAAGUUCAGUCCCCUUUGGCAAGGCUCCCAGACUCCCAUCAUUUGGACUACCCUUUAAAAGAGUGGAAAUUAAGUACCAACAAUAGAGAGCCUUCCACAAAAGGAAAAAGGCAAAAGGACCGCAAGAGACACAGCUCUAAUGAUGAAGAAUCAAUUGGGCAACCCAAAGUUAUCUUGACGAAUGUCCUGAGGACGAAAAUAGGAAGAAAAUACACACAGGCACAACUUAAAACUGGUGCUAAUUUUUCUGAUGCUGGCAAGCUGCAGUCAGAUCAACCACCCUCAUCAUCUGCUGCCAGCCUAAAGAUAUGGCAAAUUUUAAACCCUGCUCUCCAAAGCCCUUUUCUGUCUGAAAGGCAACCUGCAGUUAUAUUGACGAAUGUCCUGACGACGAAAAUUGGAAGAAAAUAUAUAGACAGCCACAUAAUAAUUGAUGCAAAUUUAUCCGAUGCCGGCAAAUUACAGUCGGGUCAACUACCUUCAUCAUCACUUGCCAGCCUACAGACGUGUGAAAUCCUAAGUUCUGAUCGUGAAAGUUCUUUUCUGUCUGAAAGGUCUGAGCAUUGCCUGAGAAAGACAGAUGGUGGUCUGUGUAAAUUGACCAAGGCUUCUAAGGAACCAGAAAAAAAUAACGUCUUCACUUUUAGAAGACGGGAGCUGGAGAAGAAAGAAAACAAGAACUGUUAUGAACUGGAAAAGAGGAGCAGAAACAUGAAGAGUACCACCCUUGAUCAGAAGGAAUCAGGCUCUUCUGAUUCUGAGAAAAGGAAAAGAAGAUCUAGUGGCCAUAUUUCUGAUGAUUGUAAUGCACACAUUCCAGAAAAAUCAGUUUUACUGUCUAAGGAGCAAAGAUUGAGUUCAACGCGGUCUCCUGGCCACAGAACAACCUGUGAGGAUGAAGAGAGUCACAAAUCUAAUGCAGUUCUGGUGCUGGAUUGUGUGCCGCAGCUGUCAGAGGGAGACAAUAAGGAGACUUCCACCCACAGCCACUUAAGGCCUGCUCACAGCUGCACAGAGAAACCUGGCUUACUGUCUCCUCUCAGAAAUCUGUCAGACAAACAGCUUUCUGCCACCAGUGGGGACAUGAUUUCAUCACGAGUUAGUACUAUAAGGACAUUAAAGAUAGACACAUCACAAUACCUGAGCAAGCUACGGAGCAGAAUCUGCAGGGGUAAUCAGCAACUUGUUUCAGUUGACCCAAUUGUCCUUUCCAGUGAUGAUGAAGAUGGACUUUCUGAACCAAAAUGUACAGAGCUGCUGCAGGGUAGUAUCACUGAUAAUAGAGAUCAACAGUCUGACAUCUGUGUCUUGGCAGAGCAAUUGGAAGACAAGAUGGAAAGACACACAGAGCAGUUUUUAACAGAGUCAGUUGAAGAUAAGUGUCCUAUCAGCUUAACUUCUGGAAGCACACCUAGAAAACAGAUGAACUCAGGACUGAAUAUUGAAUUUGAUAGUCUAUACAUUGGGAAAUUUAAAUGGUUAUCAACAGGUCCUGCUAGGUUUUCAACCAAGUAUAUUACGAUCCCAUUUCAGGUGGCUCUGAAUAAAAAUAUUAACCUGACAGUGGAUACUCUGGACCUGAGAAGGUUUGGCUUGUGGAGAAGUGAUUGUGGCUGUUCUUCAACAAUGAUCAUUUUCCUUUGGUUGUCUGUUGAUUAUGUAGAAAAGAUUGAAACCCAGUUAGGAAAGUUAAGCAUCAGCAAGCCAUCCAAAUCUAGUGAAUUUGUAUUUCUUGAACUGUCCCAACCACUCACAGAAUCAGAAGAAGGCAGACUGACUGAAUUGAUCGCAGUUGUGAGCAAGAAAAAUAGAGCACCAGAUCUUUCUGACUUUUUGUCUUUGAAGCAAGCAUUACCCUUCCUUAAGGACCUUUCUCCUGAAGAGACCUCUUUUAUGAGUUACCAUAAGGAUCUCCUAAAUCAGUGUAAGCCAAAGGAGAAUACCUCAAGUGCUCAUGAGCCUGCAGUUCAGCAGGAAUCAAAACCAAAAGUGGUCAGGCCCAGUUAUGCCCUUGCAAAUAAGCAGAGUAGUGGUUGCUAUUCUAUCUCUCUGUCCUCUGCACUGAAUGAAGAAUGGAAAGAAGUAGGAGAAACCGGAGCAGUUAAGAAUUUAAUUGUUUAUCCACCCCCACCUGCAAAAAGAGGACUGGGAGUCACAAGAGAAGACUUAUAUUGCUUAGAAUAUGGAGAGUUUCUCAAUGAUGUCAUCAUUGAUUUCUAUCUCAAAUAUCUGCUGUUGGAGAAAGCACCAAAAGAUCUUGCUGAUCGUACACACAUUUUCAGCAGUUUCUUCUAUAAGUGCCUGACCAGGACAGAAAAAAAUUCUGAGGGGGAUCUCAAAGUUUCAGUGGCACAGAGAAGACACAUAAGAGUAAGAACAUGGACUCGUCAUAUAAACAUCUUCAGUAAAGAUUAUAUCUUUGUGCCUGUGAAUGAGGAGGCUCAUUGGUACAUUGCAGUCAUCUGUUUUCCUUGGUUAGAAGAAGCUGUGUAUGAAGAGUGUCCCCAUCAGAAUUCAUUACAUCACCAGCCUCAACAGUCUCCACUUCAGUCAGAGGGUGAGAACGCCAGAACUGGUUCAGUGUUGGCCUUUCCUGGUAACUGCAAGGAUGAAGAAGAGAUUGAUGCUAACAGAAUUUUAUUCUCAAAAGGUGGCAAUGAAAUUGCUGCUUCUGCUUCAGUCCUGGAUUCAGGCAUUUCUAAAAUCUCCCUAAGUAAUUCCAAAAGGCAGAUUUGUAAGAGACCUUGUAUCCUCAUCUUUGAUUCUUUGAAAGCUGGUUCUGUGCAGAAAACAGUUCAGGUUUUGAGAGAGUACCUUGAAAUGGAAUGGGAAGCUAAACGAAAAACACAUCGAGAAUUCAAUAAAUCAACUAUGAUUGACCUGUGUCCCAGAGUGCCUAAACAAGAUAACAGCAGUGAUUGUGGGAUCUAUUUGCUGCAAUAUGUGGAAAGCUUCUUCCAGAAUCCUAUAGUUAACUUUGAAGAGCCGCUGCAUCUGGAGAAGUGGUUCCCUCGUCAGCUGAUCAGAAGCAAAAGAGAAGAAAUCCGAGACCUGAUCUUGCAAUUGCAUUUUCAACAGCAUAGUGGCAGCAGCAGCUAAUAAAUCUAACAAGCCAGACCUGGCAAAGAACUUAGCUGUAUAAAGUAGUUGAAGCUGUUUCAGCUGCAUUUGUGCUCUUUCUUUUUCCCUUCCUUGCAAGGAAAAAAAAGAAGUUUUUUGUUUGUUCAGUGUGUAUUUAUUUAAAGAUUUUUUUUUUCAUUUGUGUUGUGUGGUCAUAGAAUGCAGUUGUGGAGUGUAGAAGAGAAGACUGUACAUAAAAGUCUAAAUAUGGAAGUUAAAGCUAAUACAUAUGGAUAGCUAAUUGACUUUUUACUUGGAAUAUGAAUGCUGCAUACAGGUAUGUGCCACAAGGAUGUAAAAAUAUUUUCAUCUUUUGGAGCCUGUUCUUUACAAUUCUCUGUAACAUGGAUGAUCACAAGGGAGUCAGGCCUGAAGACAGGAUUUUGACCCCAUACUGGGUCUCUUUCAAUUUUCCAGCUCUUACAGUUAGAAUAAAUACUAUGUAUUUUUUAAUUUAAGAAUCUAAUAUUGACUCUCUUUAGAGAUGUGUUUUUUCUUUUGUUUCUUAUUAUAUACAGAAGUGGUCUGCAUGUCCUGCCGAGAUUUAAGACUGCUGACUUUUGAUUAUUUUUAUUUUUAAUUUCCCUAGCACUUUCAACAUAAAAUGUUAUUUCUAUAAGUAGAAGACAUUUACUUUAGAGUGACCACUGAAAUCUUUUAAAGUAGAGAGUAGGGUUUUUUUUUCUUUUAUGAUUUUUUUCUCAUCAGAUUUGAGAGCCAAAUUUCUUCUAAAACUAUUUUACAUGUAAAUGCAAUACAUGUAGGCAGUAGAUUUUUAAUCCUGUCCACAUUAUUUUGAGGAGUUGCUCCUGCAAGUCUUAUGGCAUGACUUGCACUAGAAAGGCAAGCAGUUUGUGAUUCUAUAACCUCAAAAGUUUGAGAUGUUUUACUGAAAAAUAAGGUAAUUUUCAUUCAAAAAGUUCAUUACGUUAUGUAUAAUAUGUAAUUUAUAUAUAAGAAAACUGGAUUUAUACUUUGCUCAGGAGAAUUAUGUAAAAAUGCCUGAAUAUUUCAGUGUUUGAACUCAGACUUGAUUUGAUAAACUAGCACAAGUUUAUUGUUGUCUUAAAAUGUAUUUAUGUAGUUUUUCCUCAAACAGUGAUCACAUAAAACCUCAAUAACAUUUUGAAAUGUGCAUAGCUUUUUCUGUGGUUACUGCACAAUAGAAGGUGAUUGUUUUAAGAGGAUACUUUCUCCUGCUUCCCACUGUAAGUAAACUUAAUUGUCAUUGCACCCUUCAGAAGGAUGGUGUGUUGGCUAACCAUCAACCCCCCCACCCCGUGUCAUAAACAUAUCUACAAAACCAGAGCUCUUAUAUCUAGAAGCAGGCUACAGAGUUAAAAUAAAAAUUGAGGGCAACCCAAAGGUAUGGUCAUUUUUAUGGCAUUGCAGAAUUCUCAGGGCCCCUUCCCUCAAGACAACUCUGAAACCUAGUGUUUGGAAAAAUCAAGUUAUUACUUCAGGUCCUGUACAGUCAUCCAAAGAAAUCCUUGCCAUUGUUUCUCAAACCAGGAAUCAUUCUGUCUGGAGAAGAGAGGCGAUUUUAAAACAAAGUAAUUUACUGAGUUACCUUCUGUAUAGCUGUGAGCAGCCUAGUGCAAUUACUGUGUGGUUUUUGUCUUUGUUUCUACUUUAGUUACGUAGUUUGUCACUACCCAGCACUAUAUCUGUCCUCCUCAUCCCACAGGUUUUGUGGAUGUCGUCACCUAAAUCACAACGUCAACGUUACUAACAGAGAUAAUCUGUGUAUGUAUUGUAACACAGAUGAAAAAUGAAAUGUGGAAAUGUGUGCACUUUCUCUAAACCUUUUUAAUUGAUGCAUAUUUUCAAUGUUCCCUUAUGACAAAUAGUUUGGGGCUUUUUCUUAUGGUAAAGUUAAUUUUUAUCAUGAAGUAAUCUGUUAUUUUCUUGAUUGACUGGUUUAUAUGCAUUUAAAAGCAAAAGUAAUGUAUAAACUUUUCUAAACUGGUUUUAUAACAUUGAAGGAUUUCCUUUGUAGAUUGUUAGAUAUAUGCUAUGAGAAUGCCAAUACAUUUGCUAUUAAAAGUAUCUCCAGAAGUU